AAAGAAAGCCCUGGGAAGUGAGGACAUGUCACCAGUGUGGUUUCACAGCAGGAUAUCCAUAACACAGAAGCCUUUUAGCUGAUGAUACCUGUGGUACUGUACAGGGUGUGCCAUGAAAGAGGGCCACAGAAGAACAUCAGCCAAGGAAAAGACUUUGAUACUUGCUUUAGUUAACCACACAGACCUAUGGGGUACCUGAUGGUUCCCCAGGUGCAGUCUAAUGUGCUCUCUGCCUGUCCCAAAGAGGCCUCCUCUGAUGUUCCACCUCCAUCAAAUGAAGGGGAGGCAGACUUGACUGGGGGAGAAUUAAACAAAAAGGCCACGUUUUAGAGCAGAAAUGCAAAGAAAUAUUUGCCAUGGCAUUCAUUAGGUGUGUCCACAAUAACUCUCUGCUGCAGCUGAGGAGUUGAACAGACUGAAAAAGUUCCUGUUAGGGCAAAAAAAGGUCAUUUGUGCAUCCAUGGAGCUCAGAGACACAGCCUGCAACACCUUGGCACCUCAGUGUACCCAUCAGGGCACAGAUGAACAUACUCCACUGCAAAGUGCUGGCUUGCAAAAUAGCAGUAUUUAAUUUAAAAAAGCUACAACGUCAUUGGCAACAUCCUACUGUAAUUAUUUUAUUCAGAAAACGAGUUCAUUCUGGUCUUAACUAGGUGAAGGCAUAAACAUCUACUAAUAAAGAAGAAACAAAGUUUAAUUUGCUCACGGAUCAGCGAAGUCCAAAAAUGUGAAUUCAUUUUGGGUGGACUCUGCCCUUUCUUGGAAUUUAAGAUUCAGGAGCGAGGGCCAGCGGAGCUUAGAAAGACAGCCCUCACAAUCUGUAUCCACUCCUGGCUUCACUGACUGCUGCCCCUGUAAUAAACCACUCAGAAACUGAAUACCUCAAUAAAUAAAAAGGGAUCUCAUAAGAGGUGAGAUGAACCUUGAAGAGUAUUUUGCAAGAACUGGCUAUAAAGGCUCCACUGAAAAACAAGAUUUGGAAACCUUAACUGAUAUAUUCCAGCACCACAUCCGUGCCGUUCCCUUCGAAAACCUCAGCAUCCACUGCGGGGAGAAAAUUACUUUGGAGUUGGAGCACGUUUACAACAAGAUUGUGCAGAGGAAGCGGGGUGGCUGGUGCAUGGAAAACAACCAGCUGCUGGGCUGGGUGCUGAAGGGCCUGGGGUACGACACCAGCUUCCUGGGGGCGUACGUGUUCAACCCCCACCAGAACGCCUACGCCACCCUCAUGACCCACCUCGUAGUGAAGGUCGUCAUCGAUGGCAAAGCCUACAUCGUUGAUGGAGGCUUCGGGGUGUCCUACCAGAUGUGGCAGCCCAUGGAGCUUGUGUCAGGGAAAGACCAGCCCCAGGUUCCCGGCGUCUUCCGCUUCACGGAAAAGAACGGUGUCUGGUACCUGGAGAAAAUGAGACGGAAACAAUACAUCCCCAAUCAGAGCUUCUCCAACUCUGACCUGCUGGAGAAAAACGAGUGUCGGAAAGUUUAUAUGUUCAGCCUUGAGCCACAGACAGUGGAAGAUUUCCGUUUCCAGUGCACAUACCUCCAGACCUCUCCAGAUUCCCUCUUCACAAAGAAGUCCAUCUGUGCCCUCCAGACCACCCAUGGAUUCCGAGCACUAAUUGGGUGGACGUUCACUGAAACCACGUACAACUACAAAGAAAACAUGGAUCUGGUAGAAUUUGUAGCUCUCGAAGAUGAAGAGGUGGAAAAAACCCUCAAAGAGAAAUUCAACAUCACCCUUGAGAGAAAACUUGUCCCCAUUAAUAUUAAAGGAUCUUACACAAUCUAGAUGGCCAGGAAAACCUACAGUAAUGCUACGUGUGUACAGCACCUUCCACUGUCUGUGCAAUCCCUACUGCAAGGUUAUGGGAUUCUUUUGCAGGUGACUGAAGGAUAUAUACAUUAAUAUGAGAUUAAUGUGAAUUUCACUUUGGGAAAAAUCAGGAAUUUAAGACUCUCAAGUCAGGUAAAAUGAUUUGCUGGGAGAUGACUGCUGUUCAAUUUUUGGCACAAAUGUAGGAUUUGAUUUGAAUCUGGUUACAAGCUUGGGUAAGAAAUAUGGCUUGGGAAUUUUGGACUGCCUGUAGCACAUGAGUAUGGAUUAUUAAUUGUGAUAUGCUGCCAACACAUUUUCUAAGGUUAUUAUAGGGAGACAAGUCAUCUGUGAGCAUUUAGACAAUGAAGUACACAUUUGAAACUUCAUUUUUCACAAGAUCCAACCACUCAGAGCCCAUCUCAUUCCUCUACCCUUAAUAUAAGUGAAACAUUGUCAUCUUGGAAAGGAGCAUUAGGAGGCAUAAUUCUUUCACCAUCAUCCUUAGACAAACCAUAGUACAAAAUGAAAAUCAUCAUCAUGUGCAUCCCUCCGGCCAUUGCUGCAGUAAACUGCCCCAAGUAAUUUUUGGUAUGUAGCUAUUCUUCUGGUGAUGAAAAUUCUAUAUAUUGCAGUGUUUUUGUGGCUGAUGGGCUCUAAGGAGAUAACUGCUAAGCUUUGUUCCUGAGAUAUAAUAUCCUAUAAACUGUGACUGGUACUUAAAUGUCACAGCUGGCUUAGAUUUACUUUUGUCCCAAAAGGGGUGGAAAUUCUGUACUUUGAGGACUGCAUUCUAUUUGUAUAUGAAGCUAAGCCCACUAUACCCUUAAUUUUGUCCUGCAAACAUGAGUGUCCAUAUGGCUGUCCUGAGUGGACACGCAGCACAGGAACUUUAAUGCCAUUAGUGUUCAUCUGUAUCAAAGUGAAAAAAAACAAAACAAAAACAAGGAGCCAGCCAAAUCCAAAGGAACCCUUUCCUUUUUUCACAAUCAUGUUUCCCCAUUUUUCAGAAAAUGUUGUUCCUUCUACCAUGCUUCUCUGCAAAAAGCCCAACCAAGGAAACCACUAAGAAAGGGGAAACAUUCUUAAAAGCAUCAAAAAAUACCUGAAAUGCUGAAAAACACCCUUUCUCCCCAGUCCAUAAUAAGCCUGAGUAUUGGUCAAAUGUUGAUUCCUCCCACUGAAUAAUCUUUUUACUCAAAAACAUCAUUUGAUCAUUAAUCUCACAAAUGCUGUAAGUGUAUACCUGAUAAUAAAUAAAAGGAAAAUAAAGACA